AUGAAUCAGAUGGAGAAAUUCAAUCACAGCAUAGUACCACAAGUCACAGAAUUUAUUCUCUUGGGGAUCACCAACAAACCCAACCUGCAAGUGCCACUGUUUGGGAUCUUUCUCACCAUAUACAUGGUCACAGUGAUGGGCAAUCUUGGCAUGAUUGUCCUCACCCAUGCUGACUCUAAGCUCCAUACCCCGAUGUAUUUUUUCCUUAGACAUUUGUCAAUCACUGACCUUGGUUAUUCCACUGUCAUUGGACCAAAGAUGAUGAUCAACUUUGUGAUGUGCAAGAAUAUUAUUUCCUUCAAUGGAUGUGCCAUCCAGCUGGCAUUCUUUGAGAUUUUCAUCAUCAGUGAAUUGUUCAUUCUCUCUGCCAUGGCCUAUGAUCGAUUCGUAGCCAUCUGCAAACCUCUUCUCUACGUGAUCAUCAUGUCGGAGAAAGUGUGCUGGGGCUUAGUCCUUACUUCUUAUCUCUACAGCACUUUUGUGUCUCUAUUGCUCACGGUUAAGUUGUUUACUUCAUCCUUCUGUGGGACUAAUGUUAUCCGUUACUUUUACUGCGAUUGUCUUCCUCUGAUAUCUAUGCUCUGCUCUGACACACAUGAACUAGAACUAAUCAUUUUGGUUUUCUCAGGUUGCAAUUUGCUCUCCUCCCUGCUGAUUGUCCUCAUAUCCUACUUGUUUAUUCUUGUGGCCAUUCUCAAAAUGAACUCAGCAGAAGGGAGAUACAAGGCCUUCUCCACCUGCAGCUCACAUCUCACAGUGGUGGUUGUGUUCUAUGGGACAUUAUUGUUUAUUUACCUGAAGCCCAAAUCCAGUCACGCUUUUGAUAUUGAUAAAAUGGCUUCUGUGUUUUACACCUUAGUCAUUCCUAUGCUGAAUCCACUGAUCUACAGUCUAAGGAAUAAAGAAGUGAAAGAUGCUCUAAGGAGAGCAUUAACUUAUAAAUGCAAAAUCCCCACUUAA